CAGCCAAGCAGAUCUCGUCCUGUUUCUGGCGGACGAGGCGCUGGAUUGCAGGAGGCAGGCCACGGGGGUUGCGUGAGAAGACCAGGGCAUAGCCAUCCUCGCAUGUGCCAUCCUCCAUCAGAGUGCGGCAAGCGUAGACUCAUCACUAACCCGAAAAGAGUUACGCGGCCCUUGGAAGAGGCAGUCAUGGUGCCGUCAUCAUCAAUGGUGUAUUCGGCAGAGAUGUUGUCCUGGAGGAAGAGUCCCUCUGGGUCUUUCUUCUGCUGAGCGUACCAUUUGCCUGCAUACUACAAGAUACAAUACACCAGGACACAGAGAACGUUCAGAGGAGGACGUCGUUCGGUUUCAGCUCUGGGCUCAGGCUUUGAUGCAGGUCACCUGAUCAGUUUUACUAGAGCAGAUCCUGAUUCACCUUCAACACUAUUAGGAAAACACCUUGCUGAUGACAGUUAGAUUGGACACGGGUUGCCCCUGCUGUGGCAGGCGUCUCAUCUCACGAUUCUUCGUUUUCUCAACCAUUUGAGGAUUAUAUGCUGUAAACCUUCUGUUUUUGUUCUGAAACCUCAUUUGAACUCUCAUUCCUUGGCCAUCACCUGCCAGUACUGGGAUUGGGGCAGAAGAUCCCAAGAUGAGUGUCAAAAAGGAAGACGUGGAGAAGUUCCUGGAUGGAAAUCCAGAUUUUGCCAGGAGCUAUUUUGACAAAAAGCUCAAACCUGGUGCCGUGGCCUCCAUCAUGCGAAUACCAGAGUCUAAAGUGGAUAUGGACAAUUUUAAGGACAUAUGCUCGACAGAGGAGGGAGCGAUAUUCUACGAUCUCAUUACAGACAUGCAGGAGAAUGUCAAUAUGGAGAAGGUGAUGUUUAAGAUUCUGAAGCGAAUCAGCGCUUUGAUCCACGCCGACCGAUGUAGCCUGUUCAUGUAUCGACAGAGAAACGGCAUUGCUGAGCUGGCUACACGUCUCUUCAACGUUAAUGAAAAUUCUGAGCUCGACGACUGCGUGGUGCCUCCAGACUCCGAGAUCGUCUUCCCUCUGGACAUCGGUAUAGUAGGACAUGUGGCUCAAACCAAGAAGUCCGUCAAUGUCAAGGAUGUUACACAGGACAGUCACUUUAGCUCAUUCGUUGAUGAACUAACUGAAUACACCACACGCAACAUCUUGGCCACACCCAUCAUGAACGGAAAGGACGUCGUAGCCAUCAUCAUGGCAGUCAACAAGACUACUGGACCCCAUUUCACAGAUGAAGAUGAGGAUCUUUUUUUAAAGUAUCUGAAAGUUGGCUCUCUGAACCUGAAGAUUUUUCAUCUGAGCUACCUUCAUAACUGUGAAACACGAAAAGGACAGCUGCUGUUGUGGUCAGCUAACAAGGUGUUUGAAGAGCUCACAGACAUUGAACGACAGUUUCACAAAGCUUUGUACACAGUACGAGCCUACCUCAACUGUGACAGGUACUCUGUGGGCCUACUGGACAUGACCAAGGACAAGGAGUUCUUUGAUAUUUGGCCCGUGUUGAUGGGAGAGCAGCCACCUUAUUCUGGCCCUGUAACUCCUGAUGGAAGGGAAGUUAUUUUCUACAAAGUUAUUGAUUAUAUUUUGCACGGAAAAGAGGACAUCAAGGUCAUACCAUCUCCACCUGCUGAUCAUUGGGCUUUGGUUAGUGGAUUACCUACAUAUGUAGCAGAGAGUGGAUUUAUUUGCAACAUCAUGAAUGCAGCAGCAGAUGAAAUGUUCAGCUUUCAGACGGAACCUCUGGAUGACAGUGGAUGGACCAUCAAGAAUGUGCUGUCCCUGCCAAUUGUCAACAAAAAAGAAGAAAUUGUUGGCAUUGCAACUUUCUACAACAGGAAGGAUGGUAAACCAUUUGAUGACCUUGAUGAACAACUCAUGGAGGCUUUGACACAGUUUCUGGGCUGGUCGGUCCUCAACACAGACACCUAUGACAAAAUGAACAAGCUGGAGAACAGGAAGGACAUUGCCCAGGACAUGGUGCUGUACCAUGUCAAAUGCAGAGAUGAUGAGAUUCAAAACAUCCUUAAAACAAGAGAAUAUUUUGACAAAGAACCAAGAGACUGUGAGGAGGAUGAGCUUUUGCAGAUUCUGAAAAAAGAGCUGCCUGGCCCAAAUAAGUUUGAGAUCUACGCAUUCCAUUUUUCAGACUUUGACUGCACUGAAUUGGAUCUUGUAACGUGUGGGAUCCAGAUGUACUAUGAAGUUGGAGUGGUUAAAAAAUUCCAGGUCCCUCAGGAGGUUUUGGUGAGAUUCAUGUACUCAGUCAGCAAAGGCUACAGGAAAAUCACCUACCACAACUGGCGCCAUGGCUUCAAUGUUGGGCAAACCAUGUUCACUUUACUCACGACAGGCAAACUGAAGCGGUAUUACACAGAUUUGGAAGUGAUGGCCAUGAUCACUGCCGGCUUCCUGCAUGAUAUCGACCACAGAGGCACAAAUAAUCUCUACCAAGUGAAGUCCCAAAAUCCUCUAGCCAAGCUGCAUGGAUCCUCCAUUCUAGAGAGGCAUCACUUGGAUUUUGGCAAAUUCUUGUUAGGCGACGAGUCAUUAAACAUCUUCCAAAACCUCAACAGAAGACAAACGGAGCAUGUCUUCCACCUCAUUGACAUUGCCAUUAUUGCAACUGAUCUUGCCUUGUACUUCAAAAAGAGAACAAUGUUCCAGAAAAUUGUGGAUCUCUCUGAGACAUAUGAAGAACAGAAGAAAUGGGUGGACUUCAUGUCUCUUGAAACAACAAGGAAAGAAAUUGUAAUGGCCAUGAUGAUGACAGCGUGUGACCUCUCAGCUAUCACAAAACCAUGGGAGGUGCAGAGCAAGGUCGCCCUCUCUGUGGCAGCUGAAUUCUGGGAGCAGGGUGAUCUUGAGAGGACUGUUCUUGAGCAACAACCUAUCCCCAUGAUGGACAGGAACAAAGCCGCAGAGCUGCCAAAGCUACAGUGUGGUUUUAUCGACUUUGUCUGUACUUUUGUUUACAAGGAGUUCUCUCGUUUUCACCCCGAGAUCCAGCCAAUGUAUGAUGGCAUUCUGAACAACCGGAAGAAUUGGAAAGCGAGGCAGGAAGAAUACGAGGCAAAACUAAAGGAAAUGGAGGAAGCAGCUAAGGCCAAACAGGAAGCAUCUGGCAAAAAUGCUGCAAAUUCCAACAGCACCAGUGGAUCAGGAUCAGGGUCCAAGACCUGCUCCAUCUGCUAGAGAAAAGACAACAGAGGGCAAGGCAGCCCAAGAUGCAACCUAGCCUCUAAGUAGUACAUCACAUGGGUGAGAUCAACCUCACCCUUAGGAUCCCCAAAGAUCUGAUCAAGAGUGAGUGGGAAAAUGCUAUCAAUGCAUUAUAUGCUAUCACCAAACCACAAGACCAUCUGCUAACCAAACACACGUUGGAUCUUGCCUACAGUUAGUAUUACUGUUCCAUUGUGUUUCCUUUGGGUCAUUGAAUGGUAAUCGGUUUCAAUUAAUCACAAUGCAGACUUAAAUGUACUUCAGGAAAUAUUACAAAUAUGGUUCUGAUUUCCCCCCCCCCCUUCAUCCAAUCAAAGAUAUUAGCAUCAUCUAUAAGUUACUUGUAGUGGAUAGGUUUUAAUUUAGUUGCUCAGUGGUGAUCAGCUGCUAAUUAAUAUCAAGCAGGUCCAUGACAAGUUCAAUCAAAGAAUCAAAAAUAUGUUCAUAAAUUUGUUGUAAUUUCAAGAUAACUUUUCCUCCAUUUUGUAACUGUAAUAAUGUUCAAUUUGUUGUCAUCUUUCACUGAAUAUAUAAAAAAAGGCCAUUAUAUGAGUGAUGUACUUUAUAUGUCAUUUAUUCCCUCUAAAAGUAAUCACAUUGUACAGCUGGAAGCUAACUUUCAGGUCGCUAAAUGUGAGAAGAUAGCUGACAGACUUUAGUGCGCAACAAAAUAUAGCUUCUGGUAAGCUCGAUUGGGUAUAAAGUUAUAGUUGUUUUUAUAGUUAGAUUUAUUUUCCCUUCACUUAAGCUGACAGGUAAUGCGCAAUUGUCCUUCAGACUUAUUUACAUCAAGUGCUAUCAUGGGUGUGUUUUACUGAGCAAUGUCCCGUUACUCAGUGUCUCUGCUGCUGGGACAUGCGUUCAAAGAGAAAACUAAUUCCAGUGGCCUUGAUACCAUUCAUCUGUUCUCAGCUGACCUGUCAUCACACUGAACCUUGAGAAGUCUGUGAUUAAAUUCAUGAAGGUAUUCAGAUUCAGGCAAUUUGUUUCUUCUUAUGUCUGAUUUUUUUUGUAGGAAUCAAGUCUCUCUUUCACUGAUUGUCUAUAAAACACCGUAAAAACAUCAGUUGUGAAUCUAAUUGUGUAAAUAUACAACAUUAUUUUUAAUUUUAUGAGGUACGACUUUACAUAGUGUUAAAGUAAAUACUACGAAGGGGUGUUUUAGUGCACUUAAUGAAUUUUGAAGCUUAUUAUACAAAGCUGCUGCUUCUGUUUCACAUAUCAUAAAGGUUUAAUUUAAGUAGAAAAGGAUCAGGCAGUAGCAAAGAAUAUUGAUGUUUAAAUCAAUGUGUCAGAUCUGAGAGCGAGGGCCCGGUAAUAACUUUUUGAGUCUUUUUGAAUUAGACACAAAUGUGAUUUACUUGCAGAGCAAGUUCAUCAUUUUUGACACAAAUUUGAUUAUUUUGAUUCAUCAUUAAAUAAGAUGCUCUCAAACCAUCAAAAAUACAGCAUAAA